AUGGACACAUCCCUUGAUGUGUGUGACCCGCCAAAAUUAAAAAUGGAAAGGACUAAACAGUUUAGGCAGAUCCACAAUGAACAACGAGGUCCGAGCAGUAAUAGUCCUUUAGCAGAGAAAAGCCAUCACGACACAGAUUUGCUGCUGACUUCCACCAACCUCUUAAAGGAGAGAUAUGAAAGAUCCAAGCAGCAGGAAGUCAAAUUCAAAGCUUACUGUCUGCACAAGGAUGAUAACCAUUACCACUUCUGCUAUGUGGGUCAAGAUGGCGUGGUGGUCCGGGGAGCACUCCCUUUCCGGUUCCAUGCAGAAACUCAGAACGACAUAGUGGUUGUCACCACGCAGGAGAGGCAUUUCUACAGACCUCCUGAUUCGUCAAAGGCUGUAAUCCCGUUGCCGCCACAAGGUGGGGCCGCCUCCUAUUCUGGGGCCUGGAGUCACGACCCGGAAGUACUUCUCCCACCCCACCCCACCCCCCCAGCCACAGCAAAGAUGGCGGCAGCCGCCCUGUCCAGGAGGCUGUGGGGAUUUACCCGAAGGCUCCCGCUCCGCGGCGCCGCUGCUCAGUGUUUGCUUUCUUCCUCCUCCUCCGCCCAUCAGCCACUGUACUUCAGAGGGCACAGACUAAGAAGCACACAGGCUGCUGCACAGGUAGUUCUCAAUGUUCCUGAGACACGAGUAACACGUCUGGAAAAUGGACUCCGAGUGGCCUCUGAAAACUCCGGGCUCUCAACGUGCACAGUUGGGCUGUGGAUUGACGCUGGAAGUCGGUAUGAGAACGAGAAGAAUAAUGGCACCGCCCACUUUCUGGAGCACAUGGCUUUCAAGGGCACCAAAAAGAGGUCCCAGUUAGACCUUGAACUUGAGAUUGAAAACAUGGGUGCUCAUCUUAAUGCCUAUACCUCCAGAGAGCAGACUGUGUACUAUGCCAAAGCCUUCUCGAAAGAUCUGCCAAGAGCUGUGGAAAUUCUUGCCGACAUAAUUCAGAACAGCACCCUGGGAGAAGCAGAGAUUGAACGUGAGCGUGGAGUAAUCCUUAGAGAGAUGCAGGAAGUUGAAACCAACUUGCAGGAAGUUGUUUUUGACUAUCUUCAUGCCACAGCUUAUCAGGACACUGCCCUUGGACGGACAAUUCUGGGGCCAACUGAAAAUAUCAAAUCUAUAAAUCGCAAGGACCUAGUGGAUUACAUAACCACACAUUAUAAGGGACCACGAAUCGUGCUGGCUGCUGCUGGAGGUGUUUGCCACGACGAGCUGCUUGAGUUAGCAAAGUUUCAUUUUGGUGACUCUUUGUGCGCACACAAAGGAGAAAUACCAGCUCUGCCCCCCUGCAAAUUCACUGGAAGUGAGAUUCGAGUGAGGGAUGACAAGAUGCCUCUGGCACACCUGGCAAUAGCUAUUGAGGCAGUAGGCUGGGCACAUCCAGACACAAUCUGUCUCAUGGUGGCAAACACACUCAUAGGCAACUGGGAUCGCUCUUUCGGAGGAGGGAUGAAUUUAUCUAGCAAGCUGGCCCAGCUGACUUGCCACGGCAGUCUCUGCCACAGCUUCCAGUCCUUCAACACUUCCUACACAGACACAGGGUUAUGGGGACUCUAUAUGGUUUGUGACCAAGCCACGGUUGCUGACAUGCUGCAUGCUGUACAAAGAGAAUGGAUGCGUCUUUGCACAGACGUUACUGAGAGUGAAGUUGCAAGAGCGAAAAAUCUUCUGAAAACAAACAUGUUGCUGCAGCUUGACGGCUCAACUCCAAUUUGUGAAGACAUCGGUAGGCAGAUGCUGUGCUAUAACAGGAGGAUUCCCAUCCCUGAGCUUGAAGCAAGAAUUGAUGCUGUGAAUGCAGAGAUGGUUCGAGAAGUAUGUACCAAGUACAUUUACGACAAAAGCCCAGCUAUUGCUGCUCUUGGUCCUAUCGAGCGGUUACCAGACUUUAGCCAGAUUUGUAAUAACAUGCGUUGGACUCGUAAUUAAUCUUUCUGAUCAAAUAUUCUGCACGUGUAUAUUUAUAAAACUAAGAGAUCUGGAAGUUUUGAAAAGCUGUCAGUGUUCACAUGAAAAAAUAAAAAUGUUAUUUGGAACAUC